AUUAAUGGGGCAAUAAAUUUCCCACCUCUAUUCCAUAUGAGUGUUCCUCAGCUCUCAGAAACACUUCUAUGGUAACAAAAUAAUAUUAACAGAUUCAUGGAAGCGAGGGAAGAAGAUGAAUGGUUCUUCAUAAAGGGGAAGGAUUUGACACCCAUCAAGUUUCUUUCGCUACAAAACCAUCAAAUCUUGAAAGAAUCUUUCCUAAAUGUAUUAGGGUUUGCCCCUCUACAGAAGACUAAAUAUAUUCUGGUCUUCACCCUUGUUGUUCCUCUCAAAAUAGAAUUGUAGGAGGGAGUCAUUAAUUAUGGAGGAAAUGGGUGCUCUUUGUGGCUAUGAGAGCAUGGAUGACCUAAAACAUAAGCUCUUGUACACAACACUUGAACUGCAGAAAAUGAAAAUGAAGGCGAAAGUGACACUGAGAGAACGGAAGGAUACUGUGCAGCAUUUGCUAAAUCUCUUAGCAAAUGCUUGCAAAGAAAGAGAUGGAGCAAGAGAUCAGCUACAGACAUUGAUUUACAAGUCAAUGUAUUCUAGAUCACCUGGUCAGAUUCUUUCUCAAGUUCAACCUGAAAGCCCCGUCUUAAACACGACUCCGAAAGCAAACCUUAGCAUAUCAGAAUCCAAUUCUGAAACAUACAACCGACUGUCACACUGUUCAUCUUCCGUGGAUUCAUUCUUUGAUGCUGGUUCGUCUCCUGAUUUCCCAAACAAGAACAUGGCAGGAUCGAGCAAUAUGGGGUUAUUGAAUCAGCCUUUUGUUCAAGAACAGCACAACUGGACAAAAUUCACUGGUUUAGUCUCUUCAGGAGGGAACAAUGUUGAGAAUGACAGGGGCAUUGCAGUGAUUGAUUAUCUUGCUCAGGGAAAGGUUCUGCCUCAGAAGGGAAAACUCUUGCAAGCUGUGAUGGAUGCCGGUCCCCUGCUCCAAUCACUUCUCAUAACAGGACAACUUCCUCAGUGGCGAAAUCCUCCUCCCCUUAAAACACCUCUUAGUAUUUUACCAAAUUCUAACCAAGCUGCGUAUGUUCAUCAGAAGCCAUAUGCAAAUCCAAUUUCUUCUGUUUUGAGGGCUUCGAAUUCAUCACCAUCAAAUAGAAUGAAUCAUUUAUUACAGUUCACGUCAAAUUCUAAUGGAGCUCCUUCAUGCUCGGGAUGGAGCAAUGCAAGGAUUAUAACUUCAUCAGCCAAAACAAACUCUCAAGUCCCACUUUACAAGCGACAAAGGUUGAUGUGAAGUUAUAAAAUUUUGCCUAGUCUUUAUUGCUUUCUAUUUGUAACAGUCCAAAGUGUGAAUUUUUUCCUAGUUGGCGGAAUCAAAAUGACAUAUCUCUUUACUU